UGGAGCGGGAGGAGCUGUUGUCGGUCGAACCUCCGGUCGGUGACCGACCCGCCGGGACUGACCGGGACUGACUGACUGGGGCUACGGCUGUGGCUGACUGGCGGCUCUCAUGGAUCGUUCCGGUGUGAAGUGUUCUUGUUUCUGUCAGUGACGUGAUGGCCAUGGACUGGAGGCUGGAACAUAUCCUUGUUCCUCUGAAGCCCUCCAUUAGAAUUGGAGUCCUGGUUAAGUGGACCUACUUUGGAAAGCUAAAGCACUUGUUCUGCAUCUGCUUCUGUCUGACUAUGUUGACUCCAUUUACAAGUGCAAACACAGAGAACUGCGGGAGAGUGACCACCUAUAGCGGUGCGUUUCCGAGACACGGAUUUGGAAGUCAGUUAGCCGAGCGAUAUUUGGAGGAAAGUGGUUCUGUUGAGCUUUGUACACGCGCCUGCUGUCAGAGAUGCGAAUGUAACGUGGCCUGGUUGCUGGAGGGCAAGUGUUACAUUUUGGACUGCAGAGGGCAACGAAAAUUUCAGCUUGUGAAAACGAGCAGACCUGACUCUGUUGUAGUGAUUCUAGAUAAAUUUCCUGCGGGUUGUACCGAUUCAUGGGAUACUUCAGACAAAAUAUCAAACGGACGUUUUCUUGACAAAGCUCCUGGGACGAGGACUUCUGCUCGUCUGGUGCAAACAAAUAGAAACUGGGUCAAUACAGGGCGGUUUUCAGACCGUCCGUUCCCAGCGGACCAGAACAAAGUGUUAUCCAGGACAAAACGGAAAGCUGCUGCACUAUCCGAUCAUGUCACCGAAUUGCCACCAAUUAAUAAAGGACCCGGUCUCCUGAAAGUGACUGAGCAACAGAGCGGUGGCAAUAAGACAUUAAAUCUAUUCGCCGGAGAGAGGGGAAAUCAGAGCACCAAGCAGCCACGACGGAGGCAGAGAAACCUGCAGGUCACGAGGGAGAACCUAAAGGAUCCUAACAUUAUUGCAAGUAGGCGAAAAAUUGAACAUACUACACCCACUGUAGAUGAGAGAAAUCCAGGGGAGAUUCAGACAUCACCUCCAGAGGUACUCAAAGGAAGUUCUUUGCCAAACCUUGCCUCUUUUGCUGCUGUUACUUUGAUUUCCACUUUGCCCAAUUUACCCGUCAACGCAAAAUUGUCUCAAGUGAAUGACACCGGCGACGGUGUCACUGAAACAGUGCCAGUUGUCACGGCUCCGAUGCCAACACUGAACACACAGCCAGGACUAGAGAAACCAUCUGUAGUAGCGCCAAUCACAACCACUGAAUCUAAAACUAGGGCAACCACUAUUGGAACCAAGAAACCAGAGAUGAAGGAACUGAUUGUUUCUGCUGGAGACAAUGUGGAGGUGACUCUGCCAAAGGAUGAGGUCGAACUGAAUGCUUACGUGUUACAGAAUGCGCCAGCAGGAACAAGCUAUGAAUAUGAAUGGGAGCUUAUCACACACCUACAAGACUAUAGUGGUGAGAUGGAGGGUAAACACUCCAAGACUCUCAAACUUUCUAAGCUUUCAGUUGGUUUCUACACGUUUAAACUUAUUGUCAAAGGAGACAAUGCAUAUGGAGAAGGAUCUGUGAACGUGACAGUUAAACUAGCCCCACGUGUAAAUAAGUGGCCUGUUGCCAUUGUCUCCCCAAAGUUUCAAGAGAUCUCACUGCCGACAACCUCCACUUUUAUUGAUGGGAGCCAAAGUACAGAUGAUGAUAAAAUCAUACGUUACGAGUGGGAGGAGGUGAAAGGCCCCUUGCGUGAGGAGAAGGUGUCUGCAAACACACCGAUUCUAAAACUGACCAACCUGGUCCCAGGCAAUUACACGUUCAGUCUGACGGUUGUGGAUUCCGACGGUGCCAGUAACUCAACCACAGCUACGCUCACUGUAUAUAAAGCUGUGGACUAUCCACCAGUGGCCAACGCUGGUCCGAAUCAGGUCAUCACACUACCCAAGAACUCCAUCACUCUUUAUGGUAACCAGAGCACAGAUGACCAUGGCAUCGUUAGCUACGAGUGGUCUCUUAGCCCAAAGAGUAAGGACAAGGUGGUCGAAACGCAGGGUGUACGAACAUCGUCGCUCCAACUGUCAACCAUGAAGGAGGGGGAUUACAUCUUUCAGCUCACAGUCAUGGACUCAGCCGGUCAACAGGAUACUGCUGAGGUCAUGGUUAUAGUACAGCCAGAAAACAACAAGCCUCCAGUGGCAGACGCGGGGCCUGACAAAGAGCUGACCCUCCCCGUGGACAGCACCACCCUCGACGGUGGCAAAAGCACUGACGACCAGAAGAUCGUUUCUUACCUUUGGGAACAAGCAAGCGGCCCAGAUGGUGCGAAGAUUGAGAACGCUGACAGCGCUGUCGCGACAGUGACUGGGCUUCGUGUUGGAUCGUACGUGUUUAUCCUGACCGUAAAGGAUGACAGAAACCUCCAGAGUCAUCAUCCUGUCAGCGUCAUCGUAAGAGAGGAAAGCAACAAGGCUCCUGUUGCUAAGAUUGCAAAGAAUGUGGUGGUCACCCUACCCACCAACACAGCCAUGUUGGAUGGCUCAAAGUCAAGCGAUGACAAAGGGAUUGUCAGCUGCCUGUGGAUAAGAGAUGAGAGUAGCCCAGCGGCUGGGGACGUGCUGAAUGCUUCUGACCAUCAGGCCGUGCUCUUCCUGUCCAACUUGGUUGAAGGAACGUACACAUUCCAUCUGAAGGUCACUGAUGCAAAAGGAGAGAGCAAUGUGGACAGAGCAACUGUGGAAGUGAAGCCUGAUCCCAGAAAGAAUGACCUGGUGGAAAUCAUCCUGGACAUCAGCGUCAGCCAACUAACCGAGCGACAGAAAGGCAUGCUAAUCCGCCAGAUUGCUGUCCUGCUCGGAGUUCUUGAUUCAGACAUUAUUGUACACAGAAUUCAGCCGUACACUGAACAGAGCACGCAGAUCAUCAUUUGUGUGAAGAACGGACAAUCACAGCAUGUGAUGAAGGGGCAAGAUGUAGCUCGGAUACUGAAGAAUAAAUUUCGGAAGCAGAAAUCGGACUUCCUGAUUUUCCGGGCGCUGCAAGUUGACACAGUCAUCUGUCAGUUGAAUUGCUCAGAACACGGUCGUUGCGAUUCUUUCAACAAACGCUGCAUCUGUGACCCAUUCUGGAUGGAAAACUUCAUUCGAGUGCAGCUGGGAGACGGCGAAAGCAACUGUGAAUGGAGUGUGCUGUAUGUUGUAAUCGCAGCCUUUGUCAUCCUGGUCACCACUGGGAUUCUGAUCUGGCUGGCCCUCUGCUGCUGUAAGAGGCGCAAAGGGAAACCCAGGAGAAAGAGCAAGUAUAAAAUCCUCGAUGGUACGGAUGACCACGAAAGUCUGGAGUUGAAGUCGAGUUCCAAGCCCGUCGGCAGGUUAAAGACUCCUGGACAGCACACCAGCCUCAUGAUUUCAGACUCCGAACUCGAGAGCGACGAAGCUAUAUUCACCUGGCCAGACCGAGAGAAAGGGAAACUACUGCGAAAGCAGAACGGGUCCAUCCACAACGGCCAAGUGUCACCAAAAACAAAGAAACAAAGAGAGGAAAUUCUAUAACCAGAGCCUAGAUAAAGACCUGCGAGACCGAUAGACGUAGGCUAGAAACAGACCUCCAGUAUUACACUUUCUCUGCUGAGCAGAAGGAAACUUGCUCUGAAAGAAUAGUGAGUGCUGUGGGCAGAGAGGAGGCUAAGAUCCUGUGAAAUGAGUCUGGUUAUUAUCUUAAUUUGUAAACCGACUCCCUUGUAUCACUGGCGUCUCACUUGAAGGCCAGAAAAGAACUCGGCUGAGGGGAGAGGCAAACUGGUCAAAACAAAAAUGACUUGAGUUGCAGCAAAGCAACUCGUUUCUAAGGCAUCACGACGCAUUGAGUGAGCGCAGACUUAUACCGUUUUUUUCAUUGUAUGGGUGUCCUCUGAUGAUGCCCUCACUAGGGAAUAUAUUAAGUACUGAAAGUGACAGAUUACAUCGAGAAGCCAAAAAUCUAAUGGGAUAACACUGGAUGUCCUACCUGUGAACUUUAAUCACCACCUGAGGUCUGGGUGUGGCCCCUGGCCUCGGGUCAACAACUUAGAAAAUGUGACAAAAUCCACGCACGGAAAACUGAAUACUGUGAUGCACAAUGGCGUUGCAGUUCUGCCAUUGUUGUCGUGAACCUGUAUAUGUCUCCCCGUUGAGGAGCUGUUGUGCAGGAGAGUACAAAGGGAUCGUACAAAGGUUGUGGUCGCCUGUGGCUUAGGAAUCGGGUUGACUUCUGUUCAGAAGUGUUGCACUCCAGUCGAUGACUGUUGAUCACCUUAGCUUUAAAAAGAUACCACUUAACUACUGAUUUUUUUUUUUUUGUGUUUUAAAAUCAGGAUUUUAUUGGUUAUAAAGAUAUUUUUAAGGACUGAUGUAUUAACAGGGUGAUUUCUAAUUUAUUUCUAUGAUGGGAAGCAACUGCUUGGCAAAGUUGUUCCCUCCUGAUGAAUGUAGAAUUAUUUUUUUGCUGCUCGUUUUUUCUUUUUCCUUCAUUAAAACGACGUCUUCCUUGUGA